AUGGAGAAUAGUAACAAUGUAACAGAAUUUAUCUUACUGGGGCUCACGGAAAAUCCAAGGAUGCAGAACAUCGUAUUUGCUGUGUUUUUUGUCAUCUAUAUCAUCACGGUAGUAGGCAACGUGCUCAUUGUGGUCACGAUCACCGCCAGCCCAUUGUCCACAUCUCCCAUGUACUUCUUCUUGGCGUGUCUCUCCUUUAUCGAUGUCUGCUAUUCCUCUGUCAACACCCCUAAACUUAUUGUAGAUUCACUCUAUGAAAAGAAGACCAUCUCAUUCAUUGGAUGCAUGACCCAAAUCUUUGGAGAGCAUUUCUUUGGAGCUGCUGAGAUCAUUCUUUUGACUGUGAUGGCUUAUGACCGCUACGUGGCCAUCUGCAAACCCCUGCACUAUGCAACCAUCAUGAACUGGAAAGUGUGUGGUCUUCUGCUGGGAGUCUCAUGGAUGGGAGGUGUUCUUCAUGCAACUAUACAGAUGCUUUUCAUUAUUCGAUUACCUUUCUGUGGCCCUAACGUUAUAGAUCACUUUAUGUGUGAUCUGAACCCUUUGCUCAAUCUUGCCUGCACUGAUACCCAUAUUCUAGGGCUUUUUGUUGCUGCUAACAGUGGGUUUAACUGCUUGUUAAACUUUCUUCUUUUGUUGAUUUCCUAUGGAGUCAUCCUGUGUUCCUUAAGGGCCCACAGCUCAGAGGGGAGACGCAAAGCCCUCUCCACUUGUGUGACUCACAUCACAGUGGUCGUCUUGUUCUUUGUGCCCUGCAUAUUUAUAUACAUGAGACCUCCUGUCACUUUACCUGUUGACAAAGCAGUUGCUGUAUUCUACACUGUUAUAACUCCUAUGUUAAAUCCCGUAAUAUAUACCUUGAGAAAUGCCCAGAUGAAAAAUGCUAUUGUGAAACUUUGCAGUAGGAACAUUAUUUUAGAUGACAAGUAA